CACAGUCACACACAAAGUUGUGGGGAGUCACUUCAUAACCACACCACUAGACCAGAGACAUUCAAACAUGAACUUCAAAGGUGUGUAAAGGGUGUGAGAGUUGUACGUUUGUCAGUAAAUACGCCUCAUGUUGACCUCAACACCAGUCCUAUUCCAGAGAAAGUCUAUUCUAUGAUUUUUUGACUCAACCACAGAAUUCUCUGAAAGUUCUGUGUGGUUAUCGCCUAAUGACGGAAACUCAACCAUAACCACACCCCUCACACACGCACACAUUGAAAAGAGCUUGAACUUGAUUAAACCGCCUCUGUGAAGGAAAGGUCAUGGGACGUACGAAACGGUCCCAGGUGGUCAGGGAGAAAGCAUUGGAAAUCCCCUAUAGUGCGAAAGCCAGAGUUUGCAGUAAGAAGAUGUGCAUUUACCUAAACAAAAUAAGUGUUGACCUUUUGGGGCUAGUCAGUGGUUCCAUUGAGAUUACAGGGGGUCGCGGAAAGGCUAAUACGGGCACAGCUUGUCAGGGAGAAAACUUUGGAAAUCACCUAUAGUGGGAGAUAAAGUUGGCGGAAGAUGGGACCUUUUUACAUGUACGUCAACAAUGAACCUAAUGACGUUGAAUUCCAAUGGGGGAAGCUGAUGUAAGGACGUAAACCGCGGCUCUUUAGGUCAUGUUGGGGACGUUGCAUAAACGAUUCAAACAGAGGGGUCCCUUUUUCACGCCAAGGACCUGACUGAUCUGCACACUCUGUCAUGGGCACAGGGUAAUCUAGGUUGACCUAGAACUAAAAUAUUGAGUCAUUUGACCACGUCCUCAAUAAUGUUAAGUAGUCUGUCCACGAGAGGUUAGGGACAGGGUAGCCAGCCUACAGACUUCUUACCAUCAACAAAUCCUUUGUUUUGUUUGCCAUCCCUGAGAGAUUUCCCUAUACAUUUCUGUUGAUUUUUGACAUGGCCAUAUUUCAUUCAUGUACCCAUAUAGUAAAUAGUACAAUAAUACAAGAAUCAUUACCUGUUACUGGAUUGUAUAUUUUACCCAGCAUUGCUUUCUGGUAAGUACGUCUUGGACAAGUGAGGCUUGUUCCCAUGUCAGAACAGCCCAUACAGCAGGAGCCUACCGCCUGUUUCUGUAGCAUGAGACAGCCGGAUGUACAAGUACACCAUCUAAACAGGAUGCUUGCUUUCUGGUGCUUAUCUACAAAUCCCCCCUGUGACCGUCUGAAUGUGGACGUUUAAUAUUGAAUGUGUCCUGAUCAGCAGUAAAGCAUCUGUGGCCACAGGAAAGAGCCAGACUACCAAAGCCUACCUCUCCAUUGUCUCCCACUCUGAACAAAACCAGCCAGGGCCUCUCCCCGCCAUGUGGAUGAGACCGGGCUGAAGAGAAAGCAGAGAGGGGCAGCGCCUGGCUGGAUGUAAGGUUGGUGUGUUUAUUAGUGUUUGGCGUUGUGGUUAUAUUUUGGCUAGAAAGUAGUUUGGUUGAAGGGAGAGGCUGGGCAGUGACUUGCAAGCGGUUAGGUCGGUGUGUUGAUCAGUGUUUAGAUCAGGGUUGCUGAUUGUUGGAGCCUAGGAACACAGGCAUUUUGCUACACCUACAAUAACAUUUUUAUUUGUAUUUUUAUUGAACCAGGUAGGCUAGUUGAGAACAAGUUCUCAUUUACAACUGCGACCUGGCCAAGAUGAAGCAAAGCAGUGCGACACAAACAACAACACACAUGGAAUAAACAAGUGUACAGUCAAUAACACAAUAGAAAAAAACGAAAGUCUAUAUACAGUGUGUUCAAACGUUGUGAGGAGGUAAGGCAAUAAAUAGGCCAUAGUAGCGAAGUAAUUACAGUUCAGCACAUUAACACUGGAGUAAUAGAUGACCAGAUGAUGUGCAAGUAGUGAUACUGGUGUGCAAAAGAGCAGAAAAGUAAAUAAAAACACUAUGGGGAUGAGGUAGGUAGAUUGGAUGGGCUAUUUACUGAUGGGCUGUGUACAGCUGCAGCAAUCGGUUAGCUGGUCAGAUAGCUGAUGUUUAAAGUUAGUGAGGGAAAUAUAAGUCUCCAGCUUCAGCGAUUUAUGCAAUUAGCUGGCAGCAGAGAACUGGAAGGAAAGUCGGCCAAAGGAGGUGUUGGCUUUGGGGAUGACCAGUGAGAUAUACCUGCUGGAGAGCGUGCUACGGGUGGUGUUGUUAUCGUGACCAGUGAGCUGAGAUUAAGCGGAGCUUUACCUAGCUGGCCCUCGCUACGAAUAUGUCACGAGGGCCAGCCGACUAGAGCAUACAGUGGUGGGUGGUAUAAGGGGCUUUGGUGACAAAACGGAUGGCACUGUGAUAGACUGCAUCCAGUUUACUGAGUAGAGUAUUGGAAGCUAUUUUGUAAAUGACAUCGCCGAAGUCGAGGAUCGGUCAGAUAGUCAGUUUUACGAGGGUAUGUGACAAAUACAAUUUGAUUUGACCAUUAAUGUGAUCCAAUUUCUCAGGCUAGAUGUUGCUGUUUGGCUAGUGGUCAGUCAGUGGCUCUGUUUUGGUGGUUUGGUUGGAGUGCUGAUGUUUUAUGGGCAUCGUUGUGAUACAGUUAGAAGAUGAUGACUGAAGAGGAGACUAUUUCCUGUGAUGUCAUCAUGACAGCUGUCAAAGAAGACUCACAUGAGAGGAUCAUGUCCAGACAAGACCAAGAGGAAAAGCUCACUAUUACAGACUGGCACAGUAUGUGUGUGACUCUCCAGCAGCAGGAGCUGAGGCUGUCUGAGGGCUCUUACAGGCCUCCAGGCCAAGCCCAGUCCAUCCUGGCCCAGCAGAGGCAGUCCACCCAGGCCAGGAGCAGGAGAGGCAUGGGGCUCUCUCCCAAGCUUCAGCCCAGAUAGGAGGGAGAGAUGGAGGGAGAGGUCCCUCUGUUGGGGAUGGUGGGAUUGACACUGGCUGUUUAAAAAAAUCUUGGAUGUUAAAAAUAUAUAUUUUAUGUAACAUUGGCGCCACCUGCUGGUCAAAUGGUAUUGGUGUUCGUUUUUUGUCCAUCUCAGUUUGAAUCUAAAAGUUAAAAAUAUAUAUUUUAUGUAACAUUGGCGCCACCUGCUGGU